AUGGGUAAUAUUUUACUAGAGGCCGUUGUUGGUGCUGCUGGGUUAGGGCAUUCAUGGUCUUCUUAUUUUGCUAGUAUGAUAAAAUCUGAUGCGAAUUUUCUUAGAAUUCGAGUGAACUCCUUUGCUGAAGGUUUUAAUUUAUUGGACCCAAUUGUGGUUGUGGUUUUAGCGAUUGAUAACACUAUAGCUAUGAGUGGGACACACAGGACAUCUUGCUUGAAUUGGGUUGCAUCUAUUUUCAGUGUUGGGGUCAUAGUUUUCAUUAUAAUUGUUGGAUUUAUGAUUGGUUGCUUAGCUUGA